AUGGGCCGCCAGAAGUCACGUAACUUGUGGAAUGACAGGGCGGGCACCAAGUCUGUGAAUCGUCCUCAGCAGGUCACCGUUGCCAAGGGAUGGAAGGUGACGCCGGACCUCCUGCCAGCCAAGCCGCUGGCGCCGCGCCGGCGCAAAUACGCACCGAUUCGCCCCAACAACCGCGACGCAGUCGCCAUCCCGCUCGGUGGUCAGAGCUACAACCCGUUGGAUGAGGAGCACCAGGAGGCCCUUGCUAAGGCCGUUCGGCAGCUUAGCAAGAAGAAGCUCAAAGACGAGAAGUUUGUGAAGAUGAUGACAAUGGGUCGCGACAAGAAAUACACAGGCAACUUGUCAGCGGACAAGACAUGGGAGGAGGAGGUGCAAGAGACGGCGCCCGCGACUGCAAAGAAGCAGAAGAAGAACACGAAGACAGCGCCUGCCCCCUCCAGCGCGUCGUCACCCGCAGCCUCGUCAGCGCCAAGACCCGUGGCACAGAACGGCAACGGGGGCAAGCAGGAAAAGAUUGCUGCUGCUCCGGCGACCGUGGCGAAAAAUGGCAAGACAGCUAAAAAGCAAAAAAAGAAGGCAAAGAAGGCCACAGCGAAGGAGGCAAAGAGUGCCAUGAUACAUCGGCGUCACCCAAGGCGUGAUGCUAUAGCCGAAGAAACCGACGAGCUCGAUAUGCUGCUUGCCGCACAUAAGGCAACGGCGUGUAAGCGCGAGGCGGCUCGGCAGAAGCGUCGCGCGGCGAAGAAGGCGAACCUAGCCAUUAAACACUACGGCCGGCACUACCACACCCCGCUAGCCCUGGACGUCACGCCGAGUGAUAAGCUCGUAGGCUCCUUGCGUCAUCUCAGCGUCGGGUAUGUUCACCCGGCCUUGGAGCGCAUGAAAUCACUCGAGGAGCGCAACCUGGUGCCGGCGCGCAUGCGCCAUACGUACAACAAGCGCAAGGUGCUGAAGCCGAAGGGUGAGGUGCGCGUGAAGCGGGAGGAGUUUGGCGUGAUACCCGAGACGAGUUUUUGA